GCAGUGGUUGAAACAGGGCUGUAAUGUUGUGGGGAAUUUUUCUUGUAGUUUUCUUCUUAGUGCAAGAAGUAUGGGCAAUCCAUGGUGGAAUGCUGUAUCCAAGGGAGUCAGAGAGCAGACAGAUACAGGAAUUAAAUGGCAUGUGGAAGUUCAGAGCAGAUUAUUCCCCAAAUAGAUUGAGGGGCUUUGAUCAAAAGUGGUUUGCAAAGCCACUCGAUCAGACAGGUCCAGUCAUCCCAAUGCCAGUGCCAUCUAGCUAUAAUGAUAUCACAACUAACCAGUCCCUGAGAGACUUUGUAGGAUGGACGUGGUAUGACAGAACUUUCUUUGUAUCACCUGAAUGGCAGAAUAAAAGGGUGGUUUUGAGGGUGGACAGCGCACAUUACAAUUCUAUUGUGUGGGUGAAUUCAAUACAGGUCAUGAAUCACAGUGGAGGACAUUUACCUUUUGAGGCAGAAGUUAACAAAGCACUGAACUUUGCUGGGGAAAACAGAAUAACUAUUACAAUAAACAACACACUUUCCCCAACCACCCUUCCACCAGGAAGUAUUGAAUACAAGACGGACAAAAAUAGGUAUCCUGCUGGUUAUUUUGUCCAAAAUUUACAAAUGGAUUUUUUUAAUUAUGCUGGCAUUCAUCGUUCUGUGAGACUGUACUCCACACCAAGGACUUACAUAGAUGAUAUCACCAUAGUAACCAGAGACACAUCAGGUGUUGUGGACUAUAAUGUAACUCUUGAAGGAAACACAGCAGGUGCUACAUUGACAGUUGAUGUCAUUGAUAAGUCUGGAGUGACUGUUGCAAGUAGCUCCCAACCCAGAGGAAAAAUCAUGAUACCAAAACCUCAUUUAUGGUGGCCUUAUACAAGUAAUGGCCAGGAUCCAGCUUAUUUUUAUACUUUUAAGGUUGCAAUCAAAGACUCCAAGAACAUUGCAGAUUUUUAUCGUCUUCCCUUUGGUAUUCGUAGUGUAGAAUGGACUAAUACCCAGUUGUUGAUCAAUGGGAAGCCUUUCUACUGCCAGGGAGUUGCCAAGCAUGAGGAUGCUGAUAGCUGUAAUAGGCCAUACCAAAUAUCUAGAUCCUUAUAGACCAGUUACAUUUGUAGUGGGAGGAAGUGAUUUCUAUGAAGACAAGGCUGCCCAAUAUACAGACAUAAUCUGUGUGAACCACUACUAUGCCUGGUACAGUGACAUGGGACAUUUGGAUGUGAUUCAGCUUCAGAUGAACUAUGAUAUUACAAACUGGCACAAAACCUUUAACAAACCUGUUAUCAUAACAGAGUAUGGAGCUGACACCGUGGCUGGACUGCAUAAACUUCCCUCUGAUGCAUUCACAGAAGAAUAUCAAGUACAGUUCAUGAGGAAAUACCAUGAGAUAUUUGAUGCUUUGAGAAAACAGUUCUUGGCGGGAGAAAUGGUGUGGAACUUUGCAGACUUCCAGACUGAUCAAGCAACUACCAGAGUUGAUGGCAAUAAGAAAGGAGUCUUCACACGGCAGAGACAACCCAAGAUGGCUGCUCAUUUCCUGCGGGAUAGGUAUCAGGGGCUUAUUAACAGGAGAUCAGGAAGAACAUGCAGGAAAAGUUUCAACUUAUCCACUUAUUUUCAAGAGCUGUAAAUGGUUUAGAACUUGCUUUCACUGAACUGCUUACCAGUUAAAUUUAAUCUGACAGUGUGCAAUCCUUGAUGGUGGUGUUAUUUUUGGAAAGAAAUACAAUGUAUUAUGUGCAAUAACAAUUUACAGCUGACUAAUGACAAUUAAUUGUAUUAAAUUACUGUUUAACAUGGACUUAGAUGUGAUGUGACAUGAUAUUGAACAAAUUUUAACAUGCUGUAAUAAAAGUAGUAUGGAUGAUUUCACAGCAUAACUGCUCAGAUUUCCAUUAUUUGCUGUGCCAAUUAUAAUUUAAAUCAAAAUUUCAAUAAUUUUUUAGUUCAAUUGUUAGUUUUUUUUAAAUUUACCUUUUCAAGGUACCAUGUGUAGCUGUAUCUUUUGAAUGUAUGUAUAUUUAGAUGAAUAUUUACUUUUGUACUCCAUUUGUUAAAGGAUGUUUUACAUAUUAUAAAUUUAUAAGAUAUUAGUGCAGUUGUGAAAACUGUUUACUUAAGCUAAGGCUCAGUAUUAAUACAAAUAUAUUCAUGUAAAUUCAUGAUGCUUACUAUUGUCUUUGAAAUAAAAGAUUAGAAUGGGCAUUGGGCUAAUUUUGGAAUAUUUUAACCAG